UGCGGUUUGGCCGCGCAGCCAAAGCCGUGGGAGAGCGCGGUGGAUGCUGGAUUGAUCCCUGCCGCCGCUUCUCGGGGCUGCUAGAGCAUGGACUGCUGAAACCCGCAUUGCUGCAGCGCCAGGUAACAGUUUGACACAAAAUGGGAAAGCAAAACAGCAAACUACGCCCUGAAGUCAUGCAAGACUUGCUAGAAAGUACAGACUUUACAGAGCACGAGAUCCAGGAGUGGUACAAAGGCUUCCUGAGAGACUGCCCGAGCGGACAUUUAUCUAUGGAGGAGUUUAAAAAGAUCUAUGGGAACUUCUUCCCCUACGGGGACGCUUCUAAGUUCGCGGAGCACGUCUUCCGCACCUUCGACGCCAACGGCGACGGCACCAUAGACUUCAGAGAGUUCAUCAUCGCCCUCAGCGUCACCUCCAGGGGCAAACUGGAGCAGAAGCUCAAGUGGGCCUUCAGCAUGUACGACCUGGAUGGGAAUGGCUACAUCAGCAAGUCAGAGAUGCUGGAAAUCGUGCAGGCAAUCUAUAAGAUGGUUUCAUCUGUAAUGAAGAUGCCUGAAGAUGAGUCAACACCAGAGAAGAGGACAGAGAAGAUCUUCCGACAGAUGGACACCAACCGUGACGGCAAGCUCUCUCUGGAAGAGUUCAUCCGCGGCGCCAAGAGUGACCCCUCCAUAGUCCGACUCCUGCAGUGUGAUCCCAGCAGCGCCGGGCAGUUCUGAGCCCCUUCUUUGGAUGAAUUCUGUAUCUGCUUUGGUUUUUUUUUUCCUUGCCAAACAACAUUCAUGGUAGUGUUGCCUCCGUAUGGCCAAUUAUGCCUUCAUUUGUGGCAUCUUAUAGCUUCUUUUGUUGUGGAUUAAUUCAAAGAAUGCUGAAUUGCUCUUAACGACUUGUCCAGAGGCAGGCGGUACUGUGUUAAGCAGGUAUUGUGAUGUUAGCCUUGUUUUACAGACUUCGCUCCGGGUUGUUUUGCUUUGUUUUCACACGUCUCUUUUGGAGAGGACACCUUUGAGAAGGAGGAAACCAACAACGAAACCCUUGGCAGCAGUACACGGAUAGACUUUAAAUUGCUGCUCUAGUAGCUAGGUAUUCACCUGCAGGACCUGAAAGUGUUGUAGAGGUUGAACCAAAGGGGCCGUGAUAAGUAGGGCAGGACUCACUUGGGACUUGCUCUCCUGUCCAGAGGGCACCAGUUAAGGUCAAAGACAGGACUGGGAAGAAGUACAAAGUGCAAAACGUGUGGGGUGCAUCGCUUGCACCCCUGCUCCUAUGCUUCCUUGUUUCAGUGCUGUGAACAUUGUCCAGGGAGAAGCAGAUAGAAGGGAUGAAAUGAAGGUCAGUGGCUCUGGCCAGGCUUACAGUGGCUGCUCUCACGUGGCUUGGCCUGGAAGCUCAGCAGGUUGCAAUCCCGAGCCCCAGAUGCAGAGCCAACUAUUCCUCUUCCCGUUUGGGGUCAGCAACGGCAGACAGAGAUGGCAGACCGGGUCUGGACAAUGAGUUUAAGGAGGAUCCUUGUUGAAUGUGGCAUUUUCAGGUCAGCAGUGAAGCAGCCUCUGCAGAGGAGCGUGGGCACACAGGUGAGGAGCUGGUGGGCACCUGCAAGCAGCUCCCCGAGGCGCUGCUGCUGUCUGCAUGCUCUUGCACGGUGUGAAGUCUGGGGGUGGUUUUGGCUCUCUUCACAUAGCUCACGGAGUUUCUGGACCUGCUCUUAGUGGAAGGCUGUCAUCGAAACUUGUUUUAAACACACAAUUGUAGCAUUUGUAUGUCACUUAUUUCAGUAACGUCUGGAAAGUCUGCACUGAGGUGAGGAAAUGGCACACUUCUGGGUGUAUUUAUCUAAGUUAAAAUUCAAACAGGACCAGCUCCUGAGAGAGAUGGUGAAUGUUUAUCUUCUCGCCCAGGUGCAGGAGGGUUGAAACUUGCUGCUGCCAAAGUGUAUCCUUUGGUCAGCGCUGCUGCACGCAAAGCCCUGGCACAGACGUGGGGUUUCACAGGGACUUGGCAAGCGCUGCUGCAAUGGAAAAGCUUUGGCGACAGCAGGCAUUAUGCUGACUAAAUUGGCGUUAAUCCGCCAUUAGCUAAAGUCUGCUCCCUGAGCCUGCCGGAGUUACCCGUGUGGGCAGGGCACGGCGCUGGGAACUGGAGAGCUCCUUAACCUUUGACAGGCAGAGGUGGGGUUUUCUCAAGUGACCUUGUAGAUGCUAAUCCCCAGUAGCCUGAGUUUAAAAUAAACGACAUAAAAUAAGUCUGCCUUGCAGACAAUAAUUAGCAAAGUACUAAUUCGAAGUCAUGAACAAGCAGUUGAGUAUGAGUAGCUGAGAGGAAUAAGUCCUGGGCAGUUUUUCCUGCCAUUUGCUUUGCCAGGUGUGGAGUGCAGAGCAUAUUAAAACACAAUAAAAGCCAGCUGGAAACAGCGUUGCUAAUCA